AUGUCUAGGCUAAGCAAAGACAUUGAUUCAGCAUUUCAGGGUGUUGGAACUAAAGGUGGAUUGGAGAUCUGGUGCAUCUAUAACAAUCAGCUUAUUUCUAUCCCUAAGUCUUGUUUUGGAAAAUUCCACUCUCGAAAUGCAUACCUUGUUCUCAGAACGGUUUUGCGGAAGAUGGAAAUUCCACUGUAUGACAUUCACUAUUGGCUUGGAAAUGAUGCAAAUGAGGUGGACUCAGUUUUGGCAUCUGACAAGGCACUAGAGUUAGAUGCAGCGCUUGGAAGCUGUACGGUGCAAUACCGUGAAGUUCAAGGUCAAGAGACAGAGAAGUUCCUUUCAUACUUCAAACCUUGUAUUAUACCUGUUGAAGGGAACUACUCGCCACAAACUGGAUUGGUUGGUGAGACAUACCAUGUCACCUUGCUAAUGUGCAAAGGAGACCAUGUUGUCCGUGUUAAAGAGGUGCCUUUUCUUCGGUCAUCACUGAACCAUGAUGAUGUGUUCAUUCUCGAUACUGCAUCAAAAGUUUUUCUCUUCGCCGGUUGCAACUCAAGCACUCAGGAGAAAGCUAAAGCUCUGGAGGUUGUGGAAUAUAUAAAGGAUAACAAGCAUGACGGUAGAUGUGAGAUGGCGACUAUCGAGGAUGGAAAAUUUUCAGGUGAUUCAGAUGCUGGUGAAUUCUGGUCUUUCUUUGGUGGUUAUGCUCCCAUUCCCAAGUUUUCAUCUUCUACUGCCCAAGAACAGACUCUAACUACGUCUGCAGAAAUGUUCUGGAUAGAUAUUCGGGGAAAUCUACAUCCAACUGGAACAAGUUCUUUGAACAAAGAUAUGCUUGAAACGAACAAAUGCUACAUGCUGGAUUGUGUCAGUGAAGUAUUUGUUUGGAUGGGAAGAAAAACAUCACUCACAGAAAGAAAGACAUCAAUUUCAGCCUCAGAAGAAUUUCUACGAAAGGAGGGACGCUUGACUAGCACAAGUCUAGUACUUCUAACGGAAGGAUUAGAAAAUGCUAGAUUCAGAUCAUUUUUUGAUAAAUGGCCUCAGACUGCAGAGUCUAGCUAUUACAAUGAAUGUCGAGAAAAAAUGGCAGCAAUGUUCAAACAGAAGGGAUAUGAUGUUGAGGAGCUUCCUGAUGAAGAAGAUGAACCUCCCUAUACAAACGGCCGAGGCAAACUAAAAGUUUGGCGUGUAGAUGGUGAUGAGCUCUCUCUUCUUUCCAUUCCUGACCAGACAAAGCUAUUCAGCGGUGAUUGCUAUAUCGUGAAGUAUACAUAUUCUUACAAUGAAAGAACCGAAAAUCUAUUUUACGUAUGGAUAGGUUCUGAAAGCAUGCAGCAAGAUAGAGUUGAUGCCGUUUCCAAUGCUAGUGCCAUUGUUGCUUCAACCAAGGGUGAAUCUGUAAUGUGUCAUAUAUAUCAGGGAAAUGAACCUGCUCGGUUUUUUCCAAUCUUCCAGUCGCUGGUUGUUUAUAAGGGUGGUUUGAGUAGACGGUACAAAAUGUUUCUACUAGAGAAGGCAAACAAAGAUGAAAUAUUAUCUAAUGAGAACAAGGCUUCUCUUUUUCGUGUUCAAGGGACAAGCCCAAGGAACAUGCAAGCAAUUCAAGUUAAUCUAGCAGCAACCUCCUUGAACUCAUCCUACUGUUACAUUUUACAAAAUGGAGCUUCUAUCUUCACUUGGAUUGGGAACCUUUCAUCAGACGCUGAUCAUGAUAUUCUUGACAGAAUGCUUUAUUUUCUUGAUACGUCUUGGCAACCGAUAUCCAUGAGGGAAGGAAAUGAACCAGACACAUUUUGGGAUUUGCUUGGUGGGAAGGAAGACUAUAAACACUUUGUAUUCUGCCUAACGUACGAAUGGUCCAUGACUGGUAUGGCUCUUCUGUUCAGAUGUACUCAAGGUACAGUUUCAAGUGUGAAAGAGAUAUACAAUUUUGUGCAAGACGAUUUAACUACUGAAGAUGUAUUACUGUUAAAUUGCGAAACUGAAGUAUAUGUUUGGAUUGGAUUACACUCUAACAUAAAGUCGAAGCAACAAGCUCUAACUCUUGGUCUGAAGUUCCUAGAGAUGGAUAUUCUGGAAGAAGGUUUAACGGUGAGGACUCCUGUAUAUGUUGUCACAGAAGGCCACGAGCCACCAUUUUUCAUCCGUUUCUUUGAGUGGGUUCCUGGAAAGGCAAACAUGCAUGGUAAUUCAUUUGAAAGGAAACUCGCUAGUCUGAAAGAAAAAACGACAGGCAAUAAGGGAUCUAGUGGAAGUCCGUGGAGAUCACAUUCAAAGGAUAACUCAUCACGUGAUAUACGAAGUCGAUCUGUGAACUCAAACGGAUCAGAGCGAGGAGUAUCACCUUGCUCCAGCGAAAAGAUAUCAAGUUUGAGCUCUAGAGAAGACAGCAGCAACUCGACUCCAGUUGUCAAAAAGCUUUUCUCAAAAUCUCUUUCAGAGAAUGCUAGUGAUGGAUCUGUAGGAGAAGAGUUGAGCUCCAGUUCAGACAAAGAGAAUCAACUCGGACGAAUCAAUCUCGAUCUUAGCCUAGAGUCACUUACAUAUUCGUACGAACAGCUCAGAGUUGAUUCUCAGGAGCCAGUGACAGAUAUAGAUGCAACAAGAAGAGAGACGUACUUAACCGAGAAAGAGUUCGAAGAAAGAUUCAAAAUGGGAAAACUUGAGUUCUAUGCACUUCCAAAAUGGAAACAGAACAAACUUAAAAUGUCUCUCCAUCUUUUCUAA